AUGAAUCAAACCUUGAAUGGAGCUGCAUCUUUGGGACUUAUUGAUUCUUUGUAUUCAAUCAUCGAGGAAGAUGCUUAUAUUUUAGAUCGCAUAGACCAGGUACCCUUUAUAGAUACUCCAUUACACAUCUCUGUAUUAGCUGGACAUGUCCAUUUUUCUCUAGAGAUCAUAAGGUUGAAACCAUCCUUAGCAAAGAAGCUUAACCCAAAGGGGUAUAGCCCUAUCCACAUGGCAUUGCAAAAUGACCAAAUCGAGAUCGUGCUUCGACUUGUCGAUGUCGACCAAGAUCUCAUAAGCAUACAAGGGAGGGAAGGUUUAAGUCCAUUGCACAUUGCAGCUUUGGAAGGAAAAGACGAAGUCUUGGCUAAGUUUUUGGUUUUAUGUCCAAAAUCUAUCAACGUAUUGACUGUUCGUAAGGAAUCUGCUCUUCACAUUGCUGUUAAGAAUGGAAAAAUUGGAUCUUUGAAAAUUUUAUUGGAGUGGACCAGAGAAGCUUGCAUAAGCUCGAUAAUAAAUUGGAGUGACGAGGAAGGAAACAACAUCAUGCAUCUUGCAGCCAUUGGCAAUCAAAUUGAGGUUGACAAUCAAAUUGAGAUGGUGAAACUUCUUCUCACGUACAAUGUAGACAUCAAGUCUAAGAAUUUGAAAGGCUUUUCAGCUGUGGACAUAUUAAGACAAAAUGAAUUUUUAGGAGACAAAGAGUUAGAAGAGAAGCUGGAUGAUGAGCACAAUAUUAUUGUAAAACAACUACGACUUGCAAAGAUAUUGUUGAAGUGGACAUUGUGGUUUAUAAAGAGACUAGCGAUAACAGAUCAUCGUGAGAUUGUAGACAUGUCGAAAGAGGAUCGAAAUGCGAUAUUAGUAGUUUCUGUGCUCAUUGCAACAGCGACUUACCAAGCUGUCUUAUCUCCACCAGACAAAGAGAAAAUUGAAUUAAUUUAUAUGAGCUACAACUGUCGGUACUUUACAUACAUACUUUUCAAAUAUUUCAACACCUUGGCCUUUGUUGCAUCAAUGAUAGAGAUUUGCCUUCAUCUUCCUUCUGGGAUUCGUUACACUCUCCAUUUGGUUCUCCCUCUGGUUAAUUGCUACAUAUUGCUUAUGCUUUUUUGGUUGUCAUGUUAUACUGGAGUUCUUACAACUGGUGCGGUUAUUGUUUUUAUUUUGACCAAAAUCCCAGCACUUCGACAAAAAAUAAGUGGAGAUCUUAACCCAAAGAAGAAGAUCAAACGUUUGGAGGAUGAAGAGAGAAUUGACUGAAAUAAAGUGUGGUCUUUUUUCUUGUCAAGAUCGACCUGUUUGGGUGCGCUUUAAAAGCUUUGUUCAUGGCUUGCUUUAAUUUGUUUCACAUUGUCAUUUGCUAAUGUUUUAUCAUACCAUGUUCACGCUAUGAGC